GGCCAAGGAGGACAUAGGCAACAUUUGGUCUAAGCACGCCGGUCAGCUCAGUUGAGUCAGCUGACCGUCAGUUAUGGCUAGUGGUGUGGAAGAUGCGCCGGUGGACGCCCUGGGCGCGGGGGAUGGGCCUGAAGAGACGGCGGCGGCCGAAGCCGCAGCGGCCGCUGCGUACGCUGCCCUGACCACUUUGCGCUCCUCGCCACUAGCUCGGCGCGCUCUCGAGGAAAUGAGUAGCGGAGAGUGGCAAGCGGCGGUUGAGAGCCUGAAACGAUUGGCGGCCGAGGCCACCAUGGAAGACCCGUGUUUGUUGCUCAAUUGGUGUGUGGCUAAGUUUAGGGCCGGCCUGCUCACCUUGCCCACCUUCUACCAGACCCUGAUCAACUUGUAUCAAUCGGUUUGUAAAUCGGCGGAUUAUGAAGUGAGCGACCAUGUGCCGUUGUUGUAUAACUUGGCUUGGGCCGCCCUUCAUGUGCGGAAGCCUUAUUUGGCCUAUCGACUCUUGGAUCAGAUAUUUCGUUGUAUGCGCGAGAGCUCGCCCGCCACGCCCACCAAACUCCAGGAGGAACAACUGAAUAAAAAUGUGGUCCCACUACUAUUGAUCGUGCUGCAGAUGUGUCGCAUUCCCAGUUUGAUCCAAAACAUCCUGGCUCAAAUUCCUGAACCGGAUUCUCCUGUUCGUAGCAAACUGGCGCCUUUGGCUUUGGAAUCUCAUCAUCGAAUGCUAGCCAAGGCCUCAGCUUUGGUCUUCACACGCCAGAACAAGACCUUCAAACGAGAUCUGAAACCCAAUUGCAUCGAGAGCGGGCCCAAUGCCGAUAGCUUUGAAUUCCUCAGAGCCAAUAUUGAAUAUCUUCGGGGCAAUCAAAGAAAGGCUCAGAAGUUGUUAUCCAACAUCGAAUCGAAAGGACCCCUCUCACCACGGCUUUUGCCGGUCUUCCAAAACAAUAUGGGCUGUGUCUACCUCAUGAACGGGAAUCCGUGCUCGGCCGCUUUGGCCUUCCGCAAUGCUUACACCACACUCACCAAUGACUUGCCGCAGAUCGAAAAAGAGUUCCCUCACGAUUCCCUGCUCGUGGACAAACGCCUGGAGAUCCUCUACAAUUGGGGCCUGUCUUGUCUUUUCCGUGGUGACUAUGGGCGGGCCAUGAGCAGUUUUAAGGCAACUGCGCCGGUCAUGGACAAGAGUCCUCACUACCAUCUGCGAGUGGCCGAGUGUAUUAUUGCUGCUAAUGCUCCGCGUUCAUCUCACUUUGAAAUGAUGAAAGGCCGUGGUGGGGGUCAUCCGGCUUUGGAACGCCCGGAAUGGGAGGAGCCCCUAGUAGAUCGAGGGGUCAACCUGAAUGUCCUGGGUCCAAUGUUCCACGAGACUUUUAUCUUGGAAAAUGUUCCCGGAUCUGAGGGUCAUGCUCAAAAGAAGGAAUUGGAAGUAAGCUAUCCACAAUUCAAUUGGAACUAUGCUGAAGCCCGUGCCAAUUUGUACGAGGCCAUGGCUUGUCUGGACGACUAUCAAUCGUCGCCAGUGAAGUCGGUCUUCAAGGGCGGACCCAUCACCUCUCGCCAUCAAAUCCUCCGGGCUCAUAUUCUGGCCAAGCAGUGCUACGUGGACUUGCAAUUGGAAGAUCCCUACAACUGUCUUGAUCGAGCCAAUCAGUUAUUCGAAUUGUCCUCGGCCUUGUCCCCGGCCUUGAAGACGGUUGGGCGGCUAUAUCUGGCUCAAAGUAAGGCCAUGAUGGGGAACCUCGAUGGUGCCUUCGCCGAUCUUGAGCCGGAAAAGGCCAUGCGCGAAGUCGUGAAAAGUGACGACGACAACCCAUCCGACAAGGACAAGGUGGCAGCCCAAUCCGAGGUCGGACCUUUGAAGGUCAUGUUCGAAUACAAUUUGAUGGUCGCCUGGCUACGAAAGGAAGACUUUGCCAAGGCCGAGACCUUGAUCGACCGUCAUCUUCAUUGGAAGGCCAAAAACAGCCAUAAAGUGCAGUUGUUAGGCCCGCAGUGGGUCAUGGCCAAGGCCUUUGUCUUGUUAAAGCAAGGCCAAAAGGCCAAAUGUCGGGAGUUCAUCUUCAAACAUUGUAACGUCUCGUCGAGCUUGUUGUGUUGCGAACUUGCCGCUGCCAACAACGCCAAGAAGUGAACCUGAAUCCAGCCAGCCAGCAGGCCGGCCACAUAAUAAUAACAACAACAACAACAACCACAACAACAAAAAGGUUGAUUAAAUGAAUGAAUGAACGGUCAUUUGAGGAAUACAUUGGGACAAACGUG